AAAGAAUAUUUGGGGGCGGGAAAUGGGGAUAAAGAGGUCUUUAGGACCCAGCAGGCGGCGGCAGGCGGCAGUUGUGUAGAUCACUGAGAGACUACUAGGGUCCGGUUCAGUUUUAAUUCUGUCUCUAAUCUCUGCAACGGCGGCGCUUCCUGGGUCCCAAGGCUCGCGUGCCCACUCAGCUGCAGGCGGCCGCCUGGCUAAAAUCAGAGCCGCCUGCGCCCCAUCACCCAUCAUGGAAAUCCUCCAACAAAAAGUAGCCCCGGACGCAUGUGCCUGAGGAUUCCGCACAAAAGAGGUGCCCAAAAUGAAGACCCUAAUGCGCCAUGGUCUGGCAGUGUGUUUAGCGCUCACCACUAUGUGCACCAGCUUGUUGCUCGUGUACAGCAGCCUCGGCGGCCAGAAGGACCGGCCCCCGCAGCAGCGGCAGCAGCAGCAGCAGCAGCAACAGCAGCAGCAGCAACCAGCGGCCACAGGCAGCGCGCAGCCGUCGGCGGAGAGCAGCCCCCCGUCGCGCCCCGGAAUCCCCGCGGGACCGCGACCGAUGGACGGAUACCUUGGCGUGGCGGACCACAAGCCCCUGAAAAUGCACUGCAGGGACUGUGCCCUGGUGACAAGCUCGGGACAUCUGCUGCGCAGCCGGCAAGGUCCCCAGAUAGACCAGACGGAGUGUGUCAUCCGCAUGAAUGACGCCCCCACUCGCGGCUACGGGCGCGACGUGGGCAAUCGCACCAGCCUGAGGGUCAUCGCACACUCCAGCAUCCAGAGGAUUCUCCGCAACCGUCACGACCUGCUCAACGUGAGCCAGGGCACGGUGUUCAUCUUCUGGGGCCCCAGCAGCUACAUGCGGCGCGACGGCAAAGGCCAAGUGUACAACAACCUGCAGCUCCUGAGCCAGGUGCUGCCCCGGCUGAAGGCCUUCAUGAUCACACGCCACAAGAUGCUGCAGUUCGAUGAGCUCUUCAAGCGGGAGACCGGCAAAGACAGGAAGAUCUCCAACACUUGGCUCAGCACUGGCUGGUUCACAAUGACGAUCGCGCUGGAGCUGUGUGACAGGAUCAAUGUGUACGGCAUGGUGCCCCCAGACUUCUGCAGGGAUCCCAAUCACCGUUCCGUCCCUUAUCACUAUUACGAACCUUUUGGACCAGAUGAAUGUACAAUGUACCUCUCCCACGAGCGAGGGCGGAAGGGCAGUCAUCACCGCUUCAUCACCGAGAAACGAGUCUUUAAGAACUGGGCACGGACAUUCAAUAUUCACUUUUUUCAGCCAGACUGGAAACCGGAAUCACUUGCUAUAAACCAUCCUGAGAAUAAACCUGUGUUCUAAGGAAUGAGAGUGCCAGCCUGAAACCCUAAGCACCCACUGUAUUGGACACCAAGCCGCUGAACUUCCUGAGCCACGAUACACGACAGAGGAGCAGAACUGGUAGGAAACAGCUUCACUCCUCAGCAAGUGCUACGUGCAGAUGCUCACGAGACAUGACUGCAAAGCAGUGCAGUUGGCUUACAGGAAAAUCCCAGGAUGAAUACAUUGUAAUGAGUGUUCUCCCUCUCAAAAACGGAGAAUGCAUUUCAGUGAUGCUGCCACGGCUAAAGACGUUUUGGAUCUCUUUAAGUGUUGCCUUCAAAACUGAAACACGAGCAACUCAACAAUAUUUAUUAGUUGUAUUCCUUUCUAGAAAUGCCACAUCAAAAGACAUUUUCUAUCGAGUUGUAUCCUGACCUGACCUAUAACCUUUGCCAUCUGCUGGCCCCUGUGUGUGUGUGUGGUUUAUAAAAAGCAGCCUGAAAGUGUGGACAUGGUUUCUGAAGAGCACAUCUCCGCUGACUUUCAUAAAGCAAAUGCCCAUAUUUAUUUAUUGAGAGUUUUGUAGUGUACUCUAGGCCAGUAUUUUUAUAGAUUGUUAUGUGGUAAUUUAUCCUUAUCUUUAUUUAGAUAAUUUAUCCUCACUCUUGAAUCCUGAAUGCUGGUCAGAACAGGCCUGGGAUGGGGGUGGGGGCACGGGAUAAGUCACUGGGCUUGCGAUGCUCACUGGUAGCAUACAGUUGGAAUUGGGCUUGGAAAUGUCAUCUUGCUUCUUCUGAACCCUUAGGCUUCAAGAACAGCUGUAACAUUUUCCAAGAUGCAGAAAUGCGCCAAAUGAGAAAAUUGAAAACCAAAUACUGUGUCAUUAACAGAAAAAAUACUAAGGAGAGAAACUUAAAGAUAGUUUUCUUUAUUAAUAAUUGAUGUAGAUCACUUCACUGAAGCCCUAGUUUCCUCUCUGACAGAAUGAUGUCACUGUACUGGAUGAUGACCUCUUACAUUUCAUUCCAGAUCUAAAUUUCUUUGA